GGACGCGAUUGGAUAGGCCUUCAACCAAUCAUAGCAACGAAACGGGUGAUGUAGCGACUGUAACCGUGCUACGAAAAAAACACAUAUUUUAUCGCAAUAAAAGUGCAGUCGUUAUACUGCCUUGAUAGCGUAAUCAACACAACGUUCUUUAUCAGCGGCAGCCAACUUGUCUCUACGGCGCUCCGCUGACCGUCAUCGUAUUUAUCCCGCCUCAUAUUAGACAAACGGUUGUGAUUGGUUGGAAGAGUAAUGGGUUCACUUGAGAAAAUUAUUUCUGACUUAACAACCUAAUGUUCUAGAAUUCGGAGAAAAGUAUUUACGUAAAAAAAAAUCUCCCCUGUUUUUCUGAAUCAAUGAAAUACCUCAAAAAACUUUCGAGGAACUCUCGACUGCAUUUAGUCCGGUUGCUGCUGCUAACCAUCUUAACCCUCCAAAGGUGAUUCCAAGUACUUCAACAAUUAUUGGAAAAAUUAUCUGAUUUCGUAAUCAAAAUACUCAGAAACGGACACACAAAUAUGAAUAAUUAGAUAGACAAGAUGUUGCGGUACUGACUGAUUACUUUUUUGGAACGGAAAUGUGUACCUGUCACAGAUAGCAUGACUGACCCUGAAGCGACCUGUAACCCAACAUAUCUUUAGAUGAUGACCAGAAGAUAAUAAAAGGUCCUGGCUGUGAGGAAACAUCCUGUGAGCUGCAGAUAUCAAACUCAGUCUGUCGGCCUCUCUCACUCUGUUGGUCGAGGGAUGUUUAAACAUGAAAAUAAAUGACGAGUUGAUAAAGGGAACAAUCAGGACCAAAUCAUGUCCAUGGGGUUUUAGCUGAGUCUAUGUAGUCUUUAAAUCUGUUACCCUGAGCAACUGUUUCUGAUCAAGUUAAUGGAACAGAUGGUCUUCACACAAAUGAUCAUGAUGAUGCAUCAGAGUGAACAUCUACAACUAGCCUUUCGUCAAACAGUAUUUUAGAGAAACAAUAGAACAUGCAGGGUGUAGAGGAACCAGGGAACCAGCGGGUGUAGAGGAACCAGGGAAGCUGCGGGGUGUAGAGGAACCAGGGAACCUGCAGGGUGUUGAGGAACCAGGGAACCUGCAUUUACAUUCAGGGUAUUUAGCAGACGCUUUUAUCCAAAGCGACUUACAAUAAGUACAUUUUUCAUAAGAAGUGCAACAAUAUAUCGCUGUCAGUACAGUAAGGAUGUUCAUAGAACCAAGUGCAAGUACAACAAUCGCUAGGCUAACCAAUUCCCCGUGUUACAGCAAUGAUAGCAGCUACUGCAGUUGCUACACAGUGAAGUACUAUAAUACAAUACAAUACAAUACAAUACAAUGUACAAUGGUGGCCAGAAGGGGGAGGGUGGCUAUGCAGAGUCGAGGUGGACUCUGAACAGGUGAGUCUUGAGUUUUUUUCGGAAGGUAGUGAGCGACUCUGCGGUCCUGAGAAUGGCAGGGAGCUCGUUCCACCACUGAGGUCCCAAAACCGAGAAAAGUUGUGACUUUGCUGAUCGACCCUUACUAGCUCUUAGCGAUGGCGGUACCAGGCGUCCAGCUGAGGUAGUUGCGCGGAGGGUUCGAGCUGGGGUGUGUGGCUUUACCAAUGCUUGGAGGUAGGCAGGGGCAGUUCCAUCGACUGCCUUGUAUGCCAGUACCAUCGUCUUAAGCUACUACAGGGAGCCAGUGGAGGUCCCGGAAGAGGGGGGUCACAUGGGAGAACUUUGGUAGGUUGAACACGAGGCGUGCUGCCGCAUUCUGGAUGCACUGCAAAGGUUUAAUCGCAGAGGCAGGAAGUCCAGCCAGGAGUGAGUUGCAGUAGUCGAGGCGGGAGAUGACCAGUGAUUGGACUAGAAGCUGAGCUGCUUGUGAGGAAGGGCCGGAUUCUGUGGAUGUUGUAAUGUGCAAAUCUGCAGGAUCGGGCCACCGCAGUGAUGUUUGCGAUGCAGCAUAACUGAUUGUCCAAUACCACACCGAGGUUUCUGGCAGUUGGAGAAGGAGAUACAGUGAUGUUCUCAACGGUGACCAGUAAGUCCAUGUGUGGGCAAUCUUUCCCUGGGAUUAGGAGGAGCUCGGUUUUGAUGAGAUCAUCAUGAUCAUUUGUGUGAAGACCAUCUGUUCCAUUAACUUGAUCAGAAACAGUUGCUCAGGGUUACAGAUUUAAAGACUACAUAGACUCAGCUAAAACACCAUGGACAUGAUUUGGUCCUGAUUUGUCCCUUUAUCAACUCGUCAUUUAUUUUCAUGGUUAAAUAUCCCUCGACCAACAGAGAGAGAAAGAGGCCGACAGACAGAGUUUGACAUCUGCAGCAAGAGGGUUUGUAGCGUUUCCUGUCAGCAGCAGCUUGGCCUCUGGUACUUCUAGUGUAUCGUGUGGAUCUCACAGGAUGUUUCCUCACAGCCAGGACCUUUGAUUAUCUUCUGGUCGUGCAUUUCAUCAUCUAAAGAUAUGUUGGGUUACAGGUAAAAAGUUCACGAAGAGUUCUGAAACUCAUCAUGGAGACAAAAGUGCUACAUUAUAAGAAUAGAUAGAUAGAGAUGUUGGAUUCUUAAAAAUACAUGGUUUUAUUGUUAUUCAUGAGUAGAAUAAGCUAACUAGCUCCCUCACUUUUACACAACACUAACACAAUAAUCUUUCAGGGGAGAAUGCAGGAACCGCCUACAUAUACUUUCUAGUAUACAGCUUGACCCCUCCUAGACAUGUUCACGGCCUUCUAGUAUACAGCUUGACCCCUCCUAGACAUGUCCACUGCCUUCUAGUAUACAGCUUGACCCCUCCUAGACAUGUCCACUGCCUUCUAGUUUAGUAUGUCUGCAUGUAAAUAAUUUGCAUAGCCAAUUUUACAGGAGGAAAGGGUUGUUGGUUUUGCAGGAGCUUUGUGUGAGUGAGUGAGUGAGUGAGUGAGUGAGUGAGUGAGUGAGUGAGUGAGUGAGUGAGUGAGUGAGUGAGUGAGUGAGUGAGUGAGUGAGUGAGUGAGUGAGUGAUUUGGUGAGAGUGUGUUAAGUGUGUGUUUGAGUCUGUGUGUGUGUGUGUGUGUGUGUGUGUGUGUGUGUGUGUGUGUGUGUGUGUGUGUGUGUGUGUGUAAAAUGAUGGCGUCUGAUAACUUAUAGUAUGUCGCUUUGGAUAAAAGCGUCUGCUAAAUGCCCUAAAUGUAAAUGAUAAGAGUAGAAAAAAUAUUUGCUGACAGUGAUGGUUCAGAAUGAAAGCAGAUGAUUGGUCAGGAUUAAAACAUGUGACGUGGUUCCUCCAGCUGAUAAAGCCGGGCUGAAGCCUGAGAGCUGAAGGAGUGGAGCCGUCCAGAGAGGAACCAUGGAGCCCGUCCUUGAGCUGGACCCUGGACCCCCUGAGGAACCUGAGGACACGUCUCUGGACAGGAGGCAGACCAGGAAGGGGAGAUCUGUUCUAAAGCUGUACGUCUGUGUCGCUCUGCUGUGUUUUCUACAAGCCACUCUCAACAUCUCCCUGCGCCUCCACUCAGCGACAUCUUGGACGAAAGGGAGAGAGCACCUGAUGGAUUCACUUGGUGGUGUGACACGCCGGGGCUGGCUAUAUUUUGACCAGAGUCUCUACUUUAUUUCUACAACCAAGAAGACCUGGAUGGCCAGCAGAGACUUCUGUUUGGACAAAGACGCAGACCUGCUAGUUAUCAACAGCAAAGAAGAAAAGGGGUUGGUUGCAAAAUUGGAGAGAGGUUCCUGGAUUGGACUUCAGAUUGGCCGAGAAACAAAGGGGAUCUACAAGUGGGUGGAUGGUACCAACUUGACUUCAAGUACCGGGCAUGCAUUAAUCUUUCCGUCUAGCUUUGAUGGCUGUGCAGUAACAGCUGACCAAUUGGAUAUGAGGUCGUGUGACUCUCGAAAGAACUGGAUCUGUGAGAAGGUCAACGUCCUGGAACAUCUGGAAGCUGAACUGAACAAAGAGGGGAUGCCCAAUGAGAAGGAGGAGGAAGAGGAGGAGGAGGUACCCGCUAUCACAGCAUUCAAGGAUAAUUAUAUUGGGUCCUUGGGCGACACAGUCAUCUUAUACUGCCGUGCCAGUGGCCAGCCAAAACCCACCAUCGAGUGGCUAUACAACGGCCGGCCUGUGAAGAGGGACAGGACAGACAACAAACCAGAGCCUUUAGUCUUUGUGGAGGGGGAGGACCUCAUCGUCAGAAGUGCGAGGCCUGGUGUGGACACGAUCAGCUGCUUGGCGAACAACAGCGCUGGCACAGCCAAUAAGACCGCCAUGCUGUUAGUCGUUGAAUUGACACCAGAGGGCUGGAGGAUUUUCAACCAGAGUCUCUACUUUGUUUCAAUGACUAAGAGGAACUGGACAGCCAGUAGAGACGACUGCCUGCAAAGAAACGCAGACCUGGUGGUUAUCAACAGCAAAGUAGAAGAGGAGUUGGCUACCAAAUGGUGGCUCAGAACCUGGAUUGGACUGAGACUGGACCGAGACACAGAGGGGACCUGGAAGUGGGUGGAUGGUACCAACGUGACUUCAAGUUCCUGGCUGUCCGGUGAACCAUACCUUCCAACUAUCACAGAAGCCUGUGCAUUAGGUGACAACAGCCAGUUGAUUCCUACACCCUGUGCCUCUCAAAAUCAUUGGAUCUGUGAGAAGACGGUGUAGUAGCUUGGGACAGAGGCUGGUAUGAUGGAUUGUGUGCCGAGCUUUACUUCCGGAUCCUUGAGAAGGUUGCAGUCCUUGAACAUCUGGAUGCCGUCCUGAACAAAGAGCCUCUGUGGGCUUUGUUUGUAUUGGUCGGUUGAGACGUUGAUCCUUUCUAUUCUCUGCACAUUAUACGAUACUACUUAUAUUUGAGGUAGGCCAACACAUCUCUGUGGAGCUUAAGCAUCGCCAACUCUCAAUACAGAUUAGAAUUUUGUUGUAUCCAAAACUUUCGCUUGAACAUAAUCAAGGCUAUAUUUCCUCUGUACUGUACUUACUGUACUUUCACCUGUAAGAACAAUAAAGUACCAUCUGAUCUUG